AUGACGCGCGCUAUCCGACCGCUCAGAAAAGCUGCGCGAAUCAUCCUUAUAGGUGCACCUGGAGUCGGAAAAGGAACACAAACAGAGCGACUCCUCACGAGAUUCCCCGACCUAGCCUCCAUAAGCUCAGGCGACCUCCUCCGGGAAAAUGUGCGAAGGAAAACACCCCUAGGUCUCAAAGCCGAGGCCGCAAUGCAGUCCGGUAACCUUGUCCCCGAUUCGAUGAUCCUCGAGCUUAUAUCGUCGGAACUCGAGUCCAAAGGCUGGCUUCCUCCACCCACAGCCACAGCCACAUCAAUGACAGCAGCAGCAGCAGCCGCACCUAGUUCUCCGUCGGUCUCUGCCAAUGCCUCCUUCAUCCUCGACGGAUUUCCUCGCACCGCGACGCAGGCGUCAAGCCUCGACAACCUCGUGCCCGUGAACUUCGUUGUCCACCUCGUCACACCUCCAUCCGUCAUUCUCUCCCGCAUAGGGUCGCGCUGGGUCCACGAACCGUCCGGAAGAGUCUACAAUGCCGAUUUCAACGCGCCCAGGGUUCCCGGCAAGGAUGAUAUCACCGGCGAGCCGUUGACCCAGAGACAGGACGACUCGAUCGAUACGUGGAAGCAGCGGCUGCACAAGUUCGAGGAAACGAGCAAGGCUCUGCUAGAGCACUACCAGCGCAAGGGCUGCCUCUGGCGCGUUGAGGGCGACUCGAGCGAUGAAAUCAGUCCCAAGCUUUUCGCAGAGAUUGAGCGACACUUCUGUUAA